UAUGUGACUCAAGUCAACUGUCAUUUUACUGUUAAGGUCCCUGGCUGUCCUUCCUUUUUGCUACAAGCAUUGAUUUUUGUAAACUGUAACAUACUUCUUCAUUGACACCAUCAAGAACUCAAGCAUCAUCAUGGACUCAGCUUGGCCUGAAGAAGAGAACUUUGCUUGCUCAGUAUGCCUGGAAACACUGAAAGAGCCCACCACUCUAACAUGUGGACAUUCCUACUGCUUGAGCUGUAUCGAAAACCACUGGGACAAGGAAAACAACAAAGGUCAAUAUAGCUGCCCGCAGUGUAGGCAGCUCUUCGCUCCUCGACCUCAUGUGGCCAAGAAUAGGCUGCUUGCACAAGCCAUGGAGAAACUAAGAACAAACAGCAUAAAGCAAAGCAACAUGGUAGGCAUCUAUUCAGCUGAACCAGUGAAGCCUGUCUACUUGGACGUCAUCUCGGAUAUUGGGCCCAGGAAGGGCAGCAUGUACCCUGCGCUGCCUUCGGUGGAACCCAGUCUCUGCCCUCAACACAAGCAACCACUGGAUUUGUUUUGCUAUGAAGACAAGGAGUGUGUGUGUGUGAUGUGUUGCCAGGAUGGACACAAGGGACAUCAUGUGGUUGGACCACAAGAAGAAAGAAGAGAGAGACAGGAAGAGCUUGUCCAGGUGCAGGCAGAAGUACACAGGAGAAUCCAGGAGACUGAGAGGAAUAUCAGGCAGAUCCCACAUUCUGCGCGUCAACAAAAAGCCUUGCUGCAGGCCCUUCAAAGGGAGAGCUCUGAUUUAUUUCCAGAGCUGGUUAAGAGUCUAAAUCUGACAGGGACACGGGUUGAUGAGCUCCUUAUUGCUCAGGAGAAGGUCUUUGAUGGACAAGUCGAAGCACUGGUGAAGCAUUUAGAGCAAGAUUUAUCACAGCUUCGUCAAAAGAGUGAAGAGCUGGGCAGGCUGGCUUACAUGCACGAUAAUAUCUCCUUCUUGAAGAACUUCCUCCUCAUGGAGCCGUUGGGGGAGACUGGUACCGCAGGACAGUCUGGGAUUAUUCAGGAGGAAGGCGUGGUGGCUUCCUUAAGAUCAGUCAUUAAAGAGCUGCAGGAAUCUGUACAAAAUCUCUGCAAACAAAGUCUAUCCAAAAUUGCCAAUAUAGUGGGUCAUGAACCCAUGGCUUCGACACCCAACAGUGUGGCAGCAGCAAGCACAGCAUCAGCUGAUUGUUCUGGUCAGGCUGCUGCACAGGCUUCAGUCUAUGAAGAAAUUGAUGUUUCUCCACAGCCACAACCUAUGCGACCUCAUUUUUCCUCCACAGUACGUGAGUCUUCAAGAUUCAGAGGAUCUAUGAGUCAAGCAAACCCUCCACCUCUCCCACCUUUCAGGCCUCAAGGAUCUGGAACAUCAAUUAAGCUUGUGAACCCAGAGCCAAAAACAAGAGAGGAAAUGUUAAAAUUCCGCUUUGAACCUACCAUAGACCCAAACACAGCCUACCGCCACAUUAAGCUGUCAGAUGAUUGUCGUAAGGUCACAAUGCGUCCUGAAAACCUGAAUCCACCUGAACACCCUGAUCGUUUCUUCUUCUGGAGACAAGUUCUCUGCAAAGAGCCCCUGGCAGGGAGCCCUUACUACUGGGAGGUCGAGUGGACUGGCCAGAAGAUCACCAUUGGUGUUGCUUUCAAGGACAUGGAGCGCAAAGGCAAUGACAACAAAAGCCGUUUGGGUCACAACCCUCAGUCCUGGAGCCUUUACUGGUCUGGCACCGGCUACUCCUUCUGGCACAAUAACCAGGAGAAACUUCUGGGCUUGCCUAAGGCUACGCGGGUCGGCAUCUAUCUGGACCAGCAUGCUGGGAUUCUAAACUUUUACAACAUCACCAACAACAAGGCUUAUCUCAUCCAUCACCAUGAGACGCAGUUCACUGGGCCACUGUAUGCAGGGUUCAGGCUGGGGGCCGGAAUAGGGGACUCUCUGACUAUUUGUCAACUGAAUUGAAUUCUUGAUUCUCAUAGUUUGGUUGCUUUGUUUUUGAUUAUUACAACUAAAGUUUAAGCUCUCAAAAUGUCUUGUGACCCUGACAUGCAUGGACAUACUUAAGACUGUGCAAUUUCUAGAAUAUUUUGUGCACCAAUCUCAUUGUGAUUUGAAGUUUAACUAAAUUGUUGAAAGGCAAUGAAAUAAAAAGUAUCUUAUUUGAAACUUU